AUGCUCCUCAAUCAGACCCCUCGCGCAAGUCUGCGCAUCGCCUCUUCUUCAACACAACAAGUCCGCCAUGCAUCUUUGAUGCGCCGCCCCAAGAGGCCCUACACCUUCACCCAGCUCGUUACUUUAUCCGAUGGCAGCACCUUCGUCCAGCGUACCACCAGCCCGCAACCCGUAUAUCGCAGCACAAAGGAUGUGCGCAACAAUCCCCUCUGGAACCCUAGCAGUCAGAAGCUGUUGAACAUCGAGGAGGAUGAGGCUGGUCGUUUGAAGAGAUUCAGAGGUCGUUUCGGUCGUGGUUGGGAUGCUGAGGCUGUCGCUGGUGCUGAGGAG